UAGGUAACAAAUACGUCAAGUUAUUAUCACGUUUGGUAGAAAAAAAAAAUGUGCCAAACCGCGUGAGUGAACGUGAUCACUUUUUUAUUUUUUUUUAUUUUUUACAAUUGACAUAGAUACUCUGGGUUUAUCUGAGUGGAUGUAUCUCGUCAAGGCUCCGGUAUUUCCACGACACUCUCCUUCCACACUGAGUCCAAACCUACAGUCACUGGGUCCUGAUUGUGACAGUGGAGCCCAGUUUGCUCUGCAGGAUCCAGAGAUGGCAUCAGUGAAGCUGGAAGACUGCAGUCAAACAGUGGAACUGAAUGCCAACAUUAAAGAUGAAGAAGUGGAGGAGAAGAUUGGGACAUCUGUUUCUCAUGGACUAGAAUUAAGUCUGAGGCCAGUAACAUCAACAGUAAUGACAAACCCAGCCUGCCUCUCUCCUUCCACACUGAGUCCAAACCCACGGUCACUGGGUCCUGAUUGUGACAGUGGAGCCCAGUUUGCACUGCAGGAUCCAGAGAUGGCAUCAGUGAAGGUGGAAGACUGCAGUCAAACACUGGAGCUGAAUGUCAACAUUAAAGAUGAAGAAGAGGAGGAGAAGAUUGGGAAAUCUGUUAAUCAUGGAGACCAUGUUGAGACAUUCUCUAUAUCCAGAGAGCAUCAACAGGAAGAUCACAUAGCAAAGAGGUCUCACCACUGCACACAUUGUGAGGAGAUUUUCCCAUUUCUAUCUAAGCUAAAAAUACACCUAAAAAUACACACAGGAGAAAAGCUUUACUCCUGCUCUGAAUGUGGAAAAUGCUUGAAAACAUCAACUAAACUAAAAGUUCAUCAGAGAACACACACAGGAGAGAAGCCUUACUCCUGCUCUGAAUGUGGAAAAUGCUUCAAAACGUCAACUGCGCUAAAAGUUCAUCAGAGAACACACACAGGAGAGAAGCCUUACUCCUGCUCUGAAUGUGGGACGAGUUUCUCAAAUUGGUACACCUUAAAACGACAUGAACGUAUACACACAGGACAUGAACGUAUACACACAAGAAAGAAGCCUUACUCCUGCACUGAAUGUGGGGCGAGUUUCUCUGAACUGGGUACCUUAAAACGACAUGAACGUAUACACACAGGAGAGAAGCCUUACUCCUGCUCUGAAUGUGGGGCGAGUUUCUCUCAACUGAGUACCUUAAAACGACAUGAACGUAUACACACGGGAGAGAAGCCUUACUCCUGCUAUGACUGUGGGGCGAGUUUCUCUCGUCCGGACACCUUAAAACAACAUGAUUGUAUACACACAGGAGAGAAGCCUUACUUCUGCUCUGACUGUGUAAAAUGCUUCAAAACAUCAACUGACCUAAAAGUUCACCAGAGAACACACACAGGAGAGAAGCCUUACUCCUGCUCUGACUGUGGAAAGAGUUUCUCUCAACUGGGUACCUUCAAACAACAUGAACGUAUACACACAGGAGAGAAGCCUUACUCCUGCUCUGACUGUGUAAAAUGCUUCAAAACAUCAACUGACCUAAAAGUUCACCAGAGAACACACACAGGAGAGAAGCCUUACUCCUGCUCUGACUGUGGAAAGAGUUUCUCUCUACUGGGCAACUUCAAACAACAUGAACGUAUACACACAGGAGAGAAGCCUUACUCCUGCUCUGACUGUGGAAAGAGUUUCUCUCUACUGUGCAACUUCAAACAACAUGAACGUAUACACACAGGAGAGAAGCCUUACUCCUGCUCUGACUGUGGAAAGAGUUUCUCUCACCUGGGCACCUUAAAACAACAUGAACGUAUACACAAAGUAGAGAAGCCUUACUCCUGCUCUGACUUUGAAAAGAGUUUCUCUCAGGAGUAAGAGAAGCCUUACUCCUUUUCUGACUGUGGGGCAAGUUUCUCUCGUCCGGACACCUUAAAAUGACCUGAACAUACACACACUGGAGAGAAGCCUUACUCCUGCUCCGACUGUGGAAAGUGUUUCUCUUGAAUGUGCCAUUUAAAAAGACACCAAAGGAAACACGAGAGGAGCCUUACCACUGAUCUGACUGUAGGAAAUGUUAAAACACCAGCUGAGCUUUAAGGUCAUUCGAGAAAAGACAAAGGAGAGAAGCCUUAUUUCCGCUCUCAAUGUGGCAAGAGUUUUUCCCAAUUGGGCAAUGUAAAAACACACCAACGGAUACACACUUCAGAGAAGCCUUAUCACUGCACUGACUGUGGGAAGAGGUUCUACAGAUUGGGUCAUUUAAAAAGACACAAAUGUAUACAUAAAGGACAGGCCUCAUCAGUUCUCUCAGACCAGCUAAGAUUAGACACUCCACUUAAUUCUCAUGUCAUUAAAUAAUUGGCAACGUUGAAUUUGAUCAAAUGAAGAAAGUGUAGAACACUAUUGUAAUCCUAUAGUUUCUCACUGUGAGAGAACAAUGCAGAGGAAAGGGAGCAUUAUAUAAUGUUAGUCUCUCUUUACUGAUCAGUGUGCACCUUGUCAGUUUUGGUGUGAGAGAGAAUAAAGUAGACGGCACACGUCAAACGUUUGAUUUAUGACCCUAUGUCCGGAUGACAUGUGCAUGCCCAUAUUUGGGCAUCCGGUAAGGACAUCCUGGCGGGAAGUGAUUGCGUGGUUAUGCCCAUAUAUGUUCAUCCUGUUCCUGUUCUCACGCCUUGGAGUGAGUGCGACAAUAUGUAUAUAAUGCCUUUGAAGUUGUCAUGAUGAUUGAUGUCUAGUGACCUCUUUGAACUGGGGGGGAUGACCAUUUCAAAGAGUUUGACCCCCCCACCUCCUGUUUUAUUGACCUUAGGGUUGUUGUCUAUGAAACACGAAUGUCCUGGGGUAUUGGGGUUGGCAGACGCCUUAUAAAUAAAGCCCAGAACAAGACAUGCGUCCUCAGAACACUAAACAAGAUUUUUUAAAUCAGCAUGGAUUUUGUGAUCAGUGGCAAAGCUGUGAUGACUGUAACAACGGAAGCAGGACCUCGGUUGAAACAUCGAGAAAGGGCCAAGAAUCAAGCCACAAUAUACGAUGCGCCAAAAAAAGCGGUUUCUAAGUGUGUAUAGAACCCAAAUACCGCCCGCAACUACGCUGAAAGAUCAAGUGCUGAUGUCUAAUGGACAUCAAUCGGGGUAUCGGUUUGAUUACCUGGCCUGUAGAGUGAACCUCUAUACGGUAGCCGAAGGAGAAGAAUAUACAGACCAGACUGGAGUGGACUAUGGGCUUGAAGACUGGACGGUUUUUCGCAAGGUUGUGUGUCCCGAACUGAGCCUUAUCACCAAGGGGGUAUAGCUUGUUCAAGGUGCCCCUGACUCCUCAGGAAGAAUAAUUCACAGGGUGAAAAUACAAAGAAAGAAUGGACUUCCAUGUGGCUACGUGGAGUUCUAUUUCGGCAACGAGGAAACCCGCAACCAAAACAUUUGUGAUGGAGGGGAUUUUAGGUUGCUCAUGCUUAUUCCUUUUCAAAUUUGGGAUCUAAUGGAAUUGAAAAUGUUCCAGCUGUUGGACGCUCUCUUUGUACAGAGCCAACAGCGGCAGAGCAUUGUUCAUGUAAAGAAGUGCAUAAUAUAUACGAAUCCUGAGGAUUAUGAUUCAAAGGAGCCACAAGAAGGUACAUCCUCAGAAGGGACAGCCUCCGAAGAAAACUAAGUACGCGGUUGCGUUAACCACGCCCUGAUACCCAAAGGACUGGUUCAACAAUAAAAGGAGUGCCCUUAAAGCCUCCAGUUCUUCAUUUCAUCAUACACCAUGGAUAUUCAUACAACAUACCAGGACUCCGAUACGACAUGGGGGCUAGACUCUAAGGACUCUAUGCCUCGCAGCCCGGCUUUCUACUCCUCCCUGGCGAGACCCACGACACCCCCUACAUGUACACAGCCUGAGGACGUGUUUGAUGGGGUAGUCAGUACUAUUUUUGUGGACACCAUCAAGUCCUCUGUAGCCACACUUCUAGACGUGGUGAUUGGAGAAUAUAUAAGAGAAAUGCAUCGGUUGUGAGAUCAAUCACCCCAGCAAGCGCCGUAUAUGACCCGCCAAGAUACUACUUCUUCAACCAAUUUGAGGAGCUGGUGAAAAGACUGUGGUCCUGCAGGUUUAUACCAUCGCUGGUCAGAGCCCUGGAGUCUAUGGGUCUUGUGCCGUCUAUCCCCAGAGUUUACUUGGUAACCACGGCAUUCCUACAUGAACUGAAGGAGGCAAUCUACAUCCACGAUAAACUCAAAGAAAUCCGACACACCCUGUUGGACGACAAUAAAUACCGGGAAGUUGUGGUGGCUGAUGUGAUGACUUUCUGGCUCAAUAAACCCCAAGAGACCGAGUGACAUGUUGUUAUUUAGAUGUAAUGCAAUGGGCAACUAUGUGUAUACGAUGUUAGAGAUAAUAAAUAAAUGUCUUAUUUUGAGAGAACUUACAAAUGUUAUGCAUCAGAUUAUUGAAAAUAAAGUGAACGAUGUAUCGUUCUACACAACACACAAUGCCUGGGUUAAUGUAGAGCGUGUGCUGAAAAUGGAACAAAUCAUGAAUCAUGUUGUGGAUGAUUCUGAAGAACUAGAAACAACUUUGUCUAAGAUUUUACUUGUUUGAAACACCAUUUAAUUGUAACGUGUAUCAUAUUUGUUGUUUAUAUGCUUAUAUAUCUGACAUGUGUGUUUUCAAAGUUCAGCGACACAAGUCUGUAACUCAAAACCAAAUAUACAGGGUGUUGCAUGCUGUGAUCGUUGAGAAAACUGGGACUGAAUAUACAGACAAUCCUGAAUUGUCUGUAUACGUAAUACUUGAUGCAUGAAUAAAAUAAGAAUUCUAUAAUGAAAAUGAAA